UCCCCUCAGGCACCAGUGGACCUGGCGGUGUGGCUCAUCUCUCUGCUAAGGCUCAGCACCACUCUGCAUGUGUUGAGAAGGUACAGGGACACCUGAUCAGACAGGGAGCUGGCAAGAAUGACAGGGAGAGGUGAGCGCAAGGCGGGGGACGAGAGUCCAGUGGAGGGUGGACUCCAUGGUGACCGGCGUCCAUCGGCAGGGCGACUGUCCCAGAGUGCGGAGAAGGACCUGCUCCGUCUGCUGGCUGAAGUCUGCUUCAUCAAUGCUGAGGCCACCAUACACAAGCUCCGCUCUGAGGGGGGUACAGCUCAACACCCCAGCCGCCCCUCCUGAGGAGAGAGGACUCCGUCUCCCUGAGGACAAUACACAGUGGGCUGUCUACAGAGAUUGGAUCCAGGACUUAUCUGCCUACGCCACCUCCAACUUCCUGCGGGGAGCCGAGCUGGGAGCAGAGAUUCGCGAGGCCUGGGUGGUGGUCAACGCAGCCGUGUACUUAUGGAACUACAACAGCCACCUAGUGGCAGUUGGGGAGCAGCGACGCCUCCUGCCCACCUUCCAGAGAGCCGUGGAGCUGCUGAGACAGACUGGACACGCUGGGGAGCCGGUGCUGUUGGUUAUGCUGUGUGAUGCGGUGGCCCAGGGGCUGAUCCAGCCCUGGUUUGUUUCGGCUGCUGGGCCGGGAACUGGCCAGGGAAGGGAGGACAGCGGAAGCAGGGGGGAGCUGAGGAAGAAAGUAGCCGGGAAGGGAGCCGAGAGGACAGGCAGUAUCCACAGCCUCCCCCUCGACCAUGCGGCCCUCCAGGACAUGCGGAAGGCUCUGGAGCUGUGUGACUAUGCACUGCACCUUUCUAAUGGCAAUGUGCCGGGAGAGAGCGUCCCUAUCGCAGCGAGGAAACAGGUCAUUUCUACGUGGGUGUGGACCAAGAGGCUCCUCCAGCAGCAGAUUGGACAGAAGCUGGACAUUGAUGAUGAGUGUAAGAAUGAGGCAGUGUCAGCCAUGACACGUGUACUGGUAGGAGUGGAAAUGCUGUUAUGCAACAGUCACCCCAGGCAGAUAGAGUUCUCUGUCCCUAGUCUCUCUACGCUGGUCCGCAUGGCGUCAGACUGCAAGUGGAGUGACCCUGUUGUCGAGCUGCAGGUGUGGACACACCUGGCUUGCUUCUCUCACCAUGCUCAGGACCACAACCUGGUCAUGACCUGCAGCCACAAUGCACUGCAGCUGGAGGCCGCUGCAGCUCAGAGGUUGACGGUCAUGGCCUCUGCUCUUUACAGCCAGUCGGCCGUGCAGGAGAUGUUGAGCAAUGCUGCAUGUCUAAGAGGAUUGAGCAUGGUCCACAAGUCAAAUGGACAUCCUCACAGUUACAGAGAAGCCUUGCAGAUGCUCCAGUCCAGUGUCAGCUAUGCGGAGCAGGCAGGUAACUCUGUCCUGUGUAUGGCUACAGCGCGCCACUACUGGAACAACUGCCUGCCCUUGACUGAGACCUCACUGGAGAGACAGCAGCUCCGACAGCCUCUAGAGAAGAUCCUGAAAGCCCUGGUCCACACCAGCAAGAAAGACCCAACUCAGGGGAAAGAGAAGGGAGGGGCUACCCUGACUGGGAUGCCCUCUGUGACCUCAUCGCUGGAAGCCUCAAGCAUGGGGAGCCCUGAGGAUGACCUGACCCUGAGAGCAGCCAUGUACGGCCUGCUGUUCCACAUCCACGCAGACAGCUCAGAUUGGACAGGAGCUCUGACGUUGCUGGAGCAGGCUAUCAGAGACAUGCCCCGCACCAGACACAGGCUGCUCCUGUUCAAGCACCGGGUGCUGGUGAAGGCUCGGCUGGGGGAGAGUGUGGUGAUAGACAUGCAGAAGUUCCGGGAUGAAGGGGAGCUCUACUGCUCCCACAUGUGGCACCGAGUGGCACUGUGUUCUGGGGAGAUGCUACAGCAGUUGGCCUGCUACCAGAAUGCCAUUACUUCUUUACUGAGUGUGAAGAGUCAGUGGCAGAAGGCGGAUUUCCUGUUGGAGUUUGGGGAGUGGCUGUACUGUCAGAACUUUCCCCUUUCUGAUGCCCAGCACCAGAUACAGUGGGCUAUCGACAUCCUCCUGCACAUGAUCACUGACCAGGAAGAGAGCAAUGAGAAGACCGGUUCCAAGGGAAGCAAACUGAAAGAAUUGGAAAGGAGAGAAAAUUCCCAAGGAGAUGAGUCGGGAGAAGGGACAGGGCUGAUACCAGUGAAGGUUCAGUCCCACGUCGGGGUGCAGGGGGUGGUGUCUGGGCCCUGUAUCUCUGACCUCAGGGAGGUGAGGCGUCUGGACAGCCUGGUCAGAGCACACACUCUGCUGGCUGUCAUGGGGGACAGGGCAUCCCCCCAGCACCAACAUAACCUACUUAGGGCCUAUAGCCUAGUGCUGCAGAUCUGGCAGGUGUCCAUGGCAACUGCAUGUGAGGUAAUCAAGGAGAUGAUGAAGAAUCCUCUAGUCCCAACGUCCCGGCCAUGUCCCUCUGCAACAGCCAAAAAAGACAAAGAUAAGGAGAAGGACAAAGGCAAAAAAUCUAAAGAGCCACCCCCUGCUGAGGAGAAGCCCAAAGCCCGGAGGCCACAGGAUGACGUGUUGCCCUCCAGCCCAGAGGAGUGGGCACAGUACGACUGUCCAGAGGAUGUCCGCCAGGCCUUCAGAUAUGACACCAGCCCCCACUGCAUCAACAGACACAGCCUCAGCAAACAGACUCAGAGCUUGUUCUUCCUGGACCUGCUGGUGAAAGAGCUGCAGUCUCUUUGUCUCACCCACCUGACUCUUCCCAUACUGCACCUGGCUGAGGUCAUUGCCCAUGACCUGCUAGACAGAAGGAGCCUCUCUGACCUCUACCGUCUCAGAAUUGUGAGGAGCUGUUCUCAGCUGGAUAUGGAGACGUCUACAGUGUACCACGAGAAGCUCCUGAGCCUGACUGGUAUCCAUGAGCAGGAACAAAUGGAGUGUCGCAAAGCUAUAGCUUUACAAAGAGAGAGAAACCGCCUGUAUAUGGGUUAUAAUGGCAAAACGGACAAUGAGAAGUCUAAGGUUGACCACAUCUGUCUGUCUGGGAAGCAGUGUGGGGAUCUGUUGAGUCAGAAUAUCUGGCUUGAUAAGGCUGAGAUAUGCCUUGGUAUGGGACUGUACCAACCCGCCAGACAGCUAUUGGCAGAGGCCCAUCUGGUGGCUAAGGAGCUGGGAGAUCAGGCUGCAGCAGGGAGGAGUCUGCUCUCUCUUGCCAUCCUGGCCAAUAAGGAACAGAACCACUCUCAGGCCCUGGCACUGCUGGAGAAGGCCCAAGACAUGGGAGGUGAUGAGGACUUCUGGUACAAGCUCACCCUGGCCCUGCUGACAGCUACAGUGACCCAGAGGGGCCAGGAUAUAGACACCAAGACAUAUCAAAUAGUAAAGCAAGGCUGUGGAGCCCUGAAAUCGAUGCUGGAAAAGAGGCAUAACCGAGCUCCCGCGCUCAGGUUCCUGAUCACGUCUCUGGAGAGCAGAGGGGCGGUGGAGUGUCUGCAUGCAGCCAGCCCUGUCGAGCCAGGUGAGGCUCUGUCCACCCAGUCAGUACAGAAUCUCAUGGCUGCCUGUGACACCCUGAGAGAGAGCACCAGUGAGUUCCUCCGAAUGGGCCACAGAGAGCAAGCUGCUGAAGCUCUCCUGGAGCACGCACAGGCAUUGAGGAUAUUGGCUAAACACACUGGCGAUGAGGGAAAACUGCGCCACCUGCUGGAUGCCUACUCCUUCAUGCAGCAGGCCGUCUCUGUACAGGAACAUGUGGUUCUGAACGCACAAAGCCUGUUCCCAUCACAAGAGUGUCAGCCCUUGUCUCUCCCAGCCACAAGGAGGCUGUUGCGGGUCAGACUGGCUCUGGCUGAGCUGUCCUUAACCAUGCUGGAACAGGUGUGUGCUGAGGAGAACAGACUAGCUCUGGCCCAGGACAGGAAAGCCUCUGUGGAGAGGACCGUGGAGGAGUUUGUACGCAUUACACCAGACCCCGGCUCUGUAGAGCAGGAGUGGAUAGCUACAGGGAGGACCCUGGGGCAGGUGGCUUUGAGCCAGCUGGCCACGGUCAACUUCCUGUCCCUUGACUGUGUGGAGACCAGAGCCAGCUCUCUGAGCCUGAUGGGGAAGUGCCUGAGGCUGCUAGCCAUGCAGAGAGACCCGCUCUACCCCUUCACCCUCUGGGAUGGACACAACCUGGAGGAGGACCGGUCAGAGUCUAAAGCCAGCCCUGAGGCGGAGGAGGAGGAGUUAACCGGAGAGAAUGGCCUAGAGUCAAGCAGAACGGAGCCCAGACAGUACGCAGCCAAAUGUGCUGAGUUGCAGAGAAGAAGACGUUCUGCCCGGCAGCUUCUGGCUCAGGCCAGUGAGACUUUAGCACAGGCCAUCAGCCUCUCCCUCCAACACAAACUCCCAAGCUCCAUCCUCUCAGAAGCCUGUCUCAACAUGCUGGAGUGUCACGGCCAGUUUGACCCCUGUGCCACUGGUCAAUACCUGGCCUUGCUCCAGAGCUGCUCCUGCACAGCUAUGAUGACUGACAUUCUAAGAUCUGCUUGCACUGACACUCGUGUGUCUCAGCUCUCUGCGCUACUCAACCUACACAGCAACCUGCUCCCUUCACAGGUGGAGACCCCCACUAGUCUGCUGAAGGGAGUGGAGGACUCACUCAAUGGCCUCUCCAAGACCUACAGCCACCUGACCAUCAACCCAAGUCACCUGAGUCUUCUGGGAGAGCUGCCCUCUAACCUGAAGAUCCUGCUGCUUCAGCACACACAAGACAGGUCAACUCUCUAUGGAGCUUUCUAUGAGAGGAGCAAACUUACAGAGAGUCAGAGAGGGAAGGCCAUGCAGGUUUCUGGUAUGCUGGUCUGUACCAGGGUCGCCAAGGUUGCUGUCCAGCCCAGGGCCCUGCUUGAUCUCCGGGACAGAACACAAGCCUUCAAACGCGAGACCAAACACAACUUCUUGAAAGAGGCGCAUUGGCUUGGCAAUGUGGGCAGGGCGGGGAGCGAGCGUCACGUUCACCUAAAAUCGAACUCAGAAGAGAAAUUGGAAUCUCAUUUCAAAGCCAUUGUACAAGAAAUGGAGGACUAUAUGUGUCCAAUCCUCUCUCAGUUUGACUUCUCAUGCUUCGGGCACCAGACGGCAUCGAUAUCCAUCCCGGAGUGCAUCCGGCCCAAAGACAAGGAGGAGAAAGCAGGCCUAGAUAAAGGUCUAGCGGUGGGGUCUCCUGCAGAGCUUGGGGAGUAUGUCGUGCUCCUGGCUGACUGGAUGCUCAUGGAACUACCUCUGGAAGCGUUGGCAAUCCUGCAAGAAGAGGGGCUGAGCUCUGUAUCUCGUGACUUCUCACUGCAACUCCUCCACACUCGCCUGCAGAGAGAGGAACCAGUUGAAAGUGACAACAAAAAGGAGACCAAAGGUGGAAAGGGAGCCAAGGGGAAGGUAGAUCAAAGCAAAGCCAUCAAAAUGGUGCCGGUCAAUCGUGUCUUGCCCCCCAACACCCUCCCAGUAGACACACACAACAUCAAAUAUAUCAUAGACCCUUACAACGAAGAGGAAUAUGAAGGCAGCAGCCUGACAGAGAGGAUGAAGAGGACUUUGGAGGCAUAUAGCCAGCAAUUCACCCCACUGUGGGAGGGCUUUUGGGGGAGUGAAUGCACUCCCAGUCUCGCAGAGCUGGAGCAGCUGCUGACAAACUGCAGUGCUUUCAUCUUCCAUGGAAUGGAGCGCUUUCUCGCUAACAUCCCACCAUCCAAGCUGGCUGCCCUCAACCUUUCUGAGUGCCAGAUGGCUGUCCUUUUCGACCUCGUCCAGAACAGCGCCAGCAUGCUACGGCAAUCCAAGCUAGAUGUGCAAAAGAGUGAUGGACACCUGGCUCUGGAGAGGCCCCUGGAGACAGCCCUGCUACUCACUCUGAGUGGCGUCCGUUGUGUUCUGCUCAACCAGUGGCACAGCAGCCCCCAGAUGAACAUAAAUAACAUGGACUCCGUCAUGGAGAAUCUCCUGAGGGUAGGCCUGACCUCUGGCCAGACUGUCCAUGCACUGAGGAAGGGAGAAGUCCAGAGCACAGAGAAAGACAUAAACACUGCAGGAUCAGAUGAUUCCAUAGGCCACGAGGAUUCGGUAAAUAGAGAUGGAAAUGCACAUGAUGCUCAACCAAGAUUGGCCACUUCAUCAUCAGCCUUCAAUUGUGUCAUCUAUGGACUGCCUAACUUAGUUAUUACGUGAUCCACUUCAGUCCCUCGCAACAUUCCUUCAAAUUUAAGGAUAUUCGUCAAAUUGUUUUAUUAAAAGAAAACAUCAACACAAUGCCAUCUAAUAACACAGUUAUUCCCAAGGCUGUACAAUUACAAACAGAUCCCAAAAAUGCAUUAGCCAAGAGUAGUCCUCGGUUUCUCUAAGAGACAGUUCACCAUUCGUUGCUUGGCUUCAGUGAAUAAAUAAAUAUCUUGUUUGCCUCCA